AAGAAAGAAAGAAAGAAAGAAAAAAAAAAACUCGACCACAAUUACUUUUCUACGACAGUCUUUCAAAUGUGUGUAAAUGACAUUAGUCGACAGGUCCGCGCUGUGAUCACAGGAUUACAUGUUUUCUGUGCUGAUGGUCUCUGCUGCUGCUGCUGUUGCAACACUAAUGUGGUUUCCUAACACACGCCCGCAUUUCGGAGAAGCUGCCCGUCAAAUUUCAUUAGUUUAGACCACAAGUUAUCAUGAUGACUCGGAUUUUCUGGGAUACAAUUUUCCUCAUAAGCGGUACUUUUAGUAUGUCUGUGGUACUCGAUGGUUCCCUCUUUACAUUUGGAGCAGGACAGAGCAAUUCGACAAUUAUUGAAGCCAGCAUUUCUAUCGAUACAAACUCCACUGGUGCACCGAACCCAAGCAGCUCUGCAACAACCAGCAGCAGGAGCGCGACUACCACGACUCUUGCACCCACUACAACAACUAGCAUCCCUCCAGUUAAAAGUUCCCUCUUUACAUUUGGAGCAGGACCGAGCAACUCGACAAUUACUGAAGCCAGUAUUUCCAUAGAAACAAACUCCACUGGUGCUCCGAACACUUCAACAAGCAGCUCUGCAACAACCGGCAGCAGAAGCACAACGACCACAACUACUACAACAACUAACAUCCAUCCAGUUAAAAAGUUUGUGGCGGCGGCUGUUAGGUCUCAUUUUGAUGACUGUCCAGACUCCCAUCGCCAUUUCUGCUUCCACGGCACAUGUCGCUUCCUGAUAUUAGAGGAGACGCCUGCAUGUGUGUGUCAUCAGGGCUUUGUUGGGAUGAGGUGUGAGCAUGCAGACCUGCUUGCUGUAGUAGCAACUAAUCACAGACAACAGACAGUAGCCACAGUGCUGGUGUUGUGUGUGAUUGGGUGUGUUCUCAUCAUGGUGUUGUGUACACUUUUACAUUGCUGGUGGAGACAGGACUGUCGUAGGCGGAGCCACGCACACCACUACGAUCCAGAGAAGCACGGAGCAUCCUGCCAUCCUUCUGAGAGUGUGGUUUGAGGAGAGAUCUUGCUUCAUCAUCAGAUCAAGCAGACCUGGCAAGUGGCGAAGGAGCAUUAUCGUCAAUGUGGCUAAGGUACGCCUGCUGGUUAAUUGUUCCAUGACAUUUUUUUUUUACCACAAACUGGGACCUUGGACCUGAAGCACCAUAGAGAUAUGCUGUCACUCUUCAAUUGAGUGGAAACACACACAGAACUGCAACAGUUUGUUUGAAGCUCUGAGGAUGAAGCUGCCUCCAGAUCCUCCAUGUGAAGAGCUCUGUGUCUCCUGUUUACUGUUUAUGAGAAGACGCAAGAGAUGAAGUCUGAGGCCAUUAAUCAUCCUGGGUCGAUGUCGAAAAGGAAAGGUGUUUUUUUAUUUUGGUCUGCGGGACAACAAUAGUUCAUUUAAGUCAGAAGACCACAAUUCCUAUUUUGUCUUUUAAUAACUUUGAGCACUUUUCAUCAGAACUCUACAAGCACACAUGCCAUUUCUAAGAAAUGAUGGUGGGGGAAACUGAUGCUUUAAAGAAGUUUUAGUGUCUGUUUUUAAAGAAGGAACUCACUUCACACGACAUGAGUAGGAAUUGUUAUAUGGACUGACUGCUAAUGGCUUAAAAUCCAUGGACUCCCAUGAAUAAUUAAACACACAAAACUUGUUCCAAUACGGUUUUGAUGAUUUGAUGACUCCGUCGUUGCUACUGAAGCUGAAAUAUUUGUCAGUUUUUAUUUUCUAUUCCUGAGCUGUAUUUGAACCUGUUCAUGCAUCAGAGGUGUUUUGAUUUGCAAGCUAUAACUCUAUCGACAUAUGCACAUUCUGGGUGUCACAUUAUUCCACAGUCACAUUAUCACAUUACUGUACUGUUUCACUCAAGCUUUGCUCACUGUUCUUAAAAAAACUGCACUUAUUGUAUAAUGUAGUCACUUGAAAAGUGUCCACACAAUGAGAGAUGCCAAAUACACUUUCUAACUUUGCCUGGAUGAGCACUGAAGGGAAGAGGCACGCAGUUUGUACACAUCCACCUAAGCAUGCAUGCUCUAAAAUCACAGUUUUUAUUUUUAAAGAACACAAAGAAGAGUGGUUUGUUAUAGCAUUGCAUCAGCUUUGAAGGUAAACACUUUUUAAAGAGAGAAAGCGCCUCUGAGGGCUAAUUUAAAUCAUAAUGUUUAAUAAUCUUAAUAAUAAUAAUCAGUGAAGGAAUACAAAAUAGUGAUUGCAAAUUGACUGGGAUAUAAAGUGUGUAUGCGCUUUGUGAGAUAAGACGGAACAAAAAAAAUAUAAAAUGAAUGUGAUGGUAUUUAUAUGCCAAAAAGACUCUGAGGGGUUGAUACACUUGUCUUUGUUUACAGUAUGUGAGGAUAUUUACAUUCAGGAUAUGUGUCAUUGGUUGCUCUUAUGUGUAAAUAUCAAAAAGACACUGAAAUAUUAAAUGUAUAUAAA